AUGGUGUGCGUGCUACUAAUGGAUGCAACGGUGGCAAGCACUACAGAACUGGAUCCGUAUCAGGUUCUUGGUGUCACCAGAAGCGCAAGCCAAGCGGAAAUCAAGAAGGUGUACAAACGCCUGGCCAAAGAAUGGCAUCCUGAUAAAAACAAAAAUCCAGAAGCAGAAGACAUGUUCAUCAAGAUUACCAAAUCUUAUGAGAUCUUAUCAAAUGAGGAGAAGAGAGCCACCUACGAUCGCUAUGGACAAAUGGAUAGCACUCAUCCCUAUAGUCACAGCCACCGUGGGUUCCGGCACUUUCACGACAACUUCUUCUUUGACGAAUCGUUCUUCAACUUUCCCUUCAAUGAUAAGGGUGGCCGGGACUUUGCCGACAGCAAAUACACAUUGCACUUCAACCAGUAUGUGAAUGAAGUGGUGCCUGACAGCUUCCGGAGGCCUUACUUGAUCAAGAUCACCUCGGACUGGUGCUUCAGCUGCAUCCAUAUCGAACCUGUCUGGAAAGAAGCUGUGCAGGAAUUGGAACCGCUAGGGAUUGGAAUUGGUGUGGUUGAUGUUGGUUACGAGCGCCGUUUAGCUAAUCACUUGGGUGCACAUCAAACUCCAUCCAUUCUUGGUGUCGUCAAUAGCAAAGUGACGUUUUUCCACUAUGCUGUUGUAAAGGAGCACCUGAUGCAGUUUGUGGAAGACUUGUUGCCACAGAGACUGGUCGAAAAGGUAACAGACAAGAACAACCCAGAGUUUCUGAAGAGUUGGCAUGAGCUGAACAAGCCACAUGUUCUCCUGUUUGACCAAGUGCCUUCAGUUCCUCUACUUUAUAAGCUGACGGCAUUUGCUUAUAAGGAUUAUGUGCACUUUGGGUAUGUGGAUCAGGGCCUUUCUGAAACCACCGAUCUGCUCAGAAAAUUCAACAUAAACACUUAUGCGCCAACCAUGCUUGUCUUCAAAGAGGAUGUAGAGAAGCCUGCAGACAUUAUACAGGCCAAAGGGAUGAAGAAACAGAUAAUAGAUGAGUUCAUCUCCAACAACAAGUUCCUUCUAGCCCCUCGUCUAGUGAACCAGAAGCUAUUUGAUGAGCUUUGUCCUGUCAAACAGUUCCAUCGACGCAGGAAAUUUUGUGUUAUGCUCAUUACUGGUGAAGAAGAGUCCUUUGCCACAGGAAAUGAAGCCUUCCUCUCUCUAGCCUCUGCUAACACCAAUGAGGUGCUCCGGUUUGCAUAUGUCUACCAGCGACAUCAGCGACCACUAUGUGACAUUCUCCUAAAAAACAAAGACGGUGCACCACAGCCUACAACACAGGUGGUGAUUUUGGAGAGGCGUAACAGUGCUGGUAAAGUCCUGUAUAAGCCAGUGCUGGGAGGAUGGAAUGGCAGUAAGGAAGACAAACACAAGCUCUUGGAGGAACUAGAAAGACUGCAGAAAGAUCCAUCUAUCCUCAACUAUGAUGCCAUCCUGCCCAAGCUCAACAAUGAAUUCGCCUCGAUGUUUUUAAUCAGAUGGAUUAACACAGCAUAUGACUACUUGUCUCAAAUUAUUGAUGAUCUUCUUCACAAUAACUGGCGUGAGAUUAUGCCCCUUUUGUCUUUGAUAUUCUCUGCGCUCUUCAUUUUAUUUGGCACUGUAAUAAUCCAGGCUUUCAGUGAUUCAAGUGAGGAAAAACAGCCCAAACCAAAAGUAAAAGAGUCAUCCAAGAGCGAGAAUGGAUCACCAAGCACCUCUAACACAUCCAGUCGCCCACCGAGGAAGAGCUUUGUGGAAGUGACAGAGUUGACUGAUAUCACAUACACCAGUAAUCUGGUGAAGCUGAGGCCGGGUCAUAUCAACGUUGUCCUGGUUCUCACUGACGCAACCAAGAACAUCCUGCUUAGCAAGUUUGCCAAAGAGGUUUAUUCAUUCACUGGGAGUUUGACACUCCACUUCUCCUUCCUAAAUGUGGAUAAACACAACGAAUGGAUGGCAGCCGUGCUUGAGUACGCCCAGGACGCCAUGCAGAUCGACACGGACGAAGACGAUUUGGCCAGCCGCAAAGUAGACUACACAGGCUACGUCCUGGCCCUCAAUGGCCACAAGAAAUACCUGUGUCUUUUCAAGCCAGUCUACACAGGUGAAGACCUGGAAAGCAAACUGGAGGAGGAAGGAGGAGGUUCGAGGUCCAGAAAGGGCAUGAUGCGGUCUCGGUCCACAACUCUUCAGAUCCACCACAAACUGGACCGACUCGGGCUUUGGAUGGAGCGACUACUGGAAGGGACGCUGCCCAGGUACUACGUCCCAGCCUGGCCUGGUCUGGACAAGAUAACAGUCAAUAAAUAGAGUAUGAUGGGAGCUGAAAUGCAUUUGCUAGAGUCAAUAACACCUCUGGUUUAAUUUGAAGCACUGAAGACCUCUUGAUGCACAGCCAGGCGUGAUGCUGCACAAAGUGCAGCUGUACUUUAUAUGUUCUUAAGUCGAAUAUACGUAAUAAGACUUUGCAAAAGGCCUCUCUGUGGAAGGGUUACAUUUACAUAAACAUUUUGCAGACACUUUCAUCUAGGGGUGCAUUCCCCAAAAGCAUCGUUAGCCAACUAAGGUUGCAAGUUCCUUCAUUACCAACAUAGUUUUUUGUAAUUUUGUGUCUCCCGAAACUGUAGUUCCAACGAAUAUUCGCAAACAGCAUCACACAGUUGUGUGGUUGGAACCACACCUCUCCACCUGUUAUCAAACAAGGUUCCUUUCAGAGAACACAGCACAUGUGUUUGUUAACGCAUAAGUGCCGUUUAUAUGUUUUUGAAAAGUGCGCAUGUGCUCAAGUGCGUCGGGGGAUCCCUGAAGUCUGAUGUAGAGGGAAAUCCUACUAUUGCAAUGCAAUGCAUCUGUAGCAUUACACAGUGCAUGCCGCUUUCAUGUCUUCUACAGCUUUCUCACAUUAAACGUCUUUCUGGUGUACGUCUAAAUGAGCUAUUAUCAUUUGAGAAUUGCGGAAAUUAUUACUCCACCCCCUGCGUAACUUAUACUGUUGAACCGACAUGGUUCAAACAAUGGAUGUGUGUAAUAGUUACUACAGUUUCGGGAAACAGUCUAGUUAAUUUCUCCAACGAUGCAUCGUACUAUAGUAGUUAAGCAGUGAGUUACGUUGUUGUACGGGAAACACACCUCAGAGCGACUUUAGCCCAAAGUAUACUUUGGUU